AAAAAAUGGCCACCCAAACAAGACCAAACAGUCAAAACUAACAGUCCAUAUCAAACUAUCAACUGUAACUAGUCUCUCCCAACUAAACAAAGUUCAAGGACCACGGCAAAGUGCAUCCAAUAAUGAUCGAAAUCUCCAAGGCGAACACUUCUAAAGAAUUGAAGAUCUGGGUAGUCUUGAGACUUGGAUCUCAAGGAACAACACGACUGACAUAUGGGACUGCAGCUAUAUUGGUAUGAUAUUGUGUCUUUUGGCAUUGUAGUGGUCUCCUUGUGCAGUGCUUUAUGGGUGAUUUUGAAGAAAGAAGGGGGCUCUUCUUCAAGAUUAGAAGACGGCAGCAGCACCACCAUGUAUGAGAGCCUUCUAGUGGCUCGGCCAGUCAGCGAGUCGUUUGUGAGUGCAUUGCAGAGUGGUCAUCUGAGAGGUUCCCAGUUAUGGAGGAGCUGUUGGAAAGAAGUUCACCCUAAGUGGCUCUUGCUAACACGCCUCCUCUCUUUUCUCGUCUUGGCUGGCUUCUUGGCCUGGGACGUCGUCGAAUGGGACGCAACCAUUUUCCUCUACUACACCGAGUGGACUUUUGCAUUAGUCAUAGUCUAUUUUGGGUUGGGGAUCAUUGUAUCUGCAUAUGGAUGUUGGCUUUCCUCAAACCAACCUCAUCCUGAAAAUGAAGAAACAAUAGAUUUCCUAAGGAGUGGCAUUGAAGAGACAAGAACUGAAACCAGUAAUGCUCACAAGGCAAAAGAAAUCAAGGUUGGGAUCAAGUUGCAAAGCCAAGAGAUUCGGAAAAAAGCCGGAUUUUGGGGAUAUCUUAUGCAAAUUUCUUUCCAGACUUGUGCAGGAGCUGUUAUCCUCACUGAUAUUGUAUUUUGGUGUGUCAUUGUCCCAUUUUUAUCAAAUGCCCGUCUUGGACUAAAUUUGUUAAUGGGUUGCAUGCACACUUUGAACGUAGUUUUUCUUCUGCUGGACACUGCUCUAAAUAGCCUACCUUUUCCUUGGUUCCGGCUAUCAUAUUUUGUGCUAUGGAGCUGUUUAUAUGUCAUUUUCCAAUGGGUCAUCCACGCCUGUGGUUUCUCAUGGUGGCCGUAUCCUUUUCUUGAGCUUGAUACACCAUGGGCUCCUUUGUGGUAAAACCCCUCUGCAC